GAGACAGUUGAUUCUGUUGCAAUCAUAGUUUUUUGAACGAAGUUAGCAAACCAGUGAUUGAUUAUAUAUGUAUCUACUUUUGUGUCUUUGUGGUUAAUGAAUUAAUAUAUAGUUAUUGUCAAAAUUUUAUUCCGCAAUGUGAAAAUUUUUAUAUAUGUUAGAUAAAAUCCAUUACGACACCAUGGGAACUAAUGGCAAUGGUCGACGAGGGGGUGCAAAAUUGCCCGACGUUCGUCGCCCCAUGGAAGAAGGUGAUUGUGUAAACGAUAUGGAGAGUCCAGAGUUAGAUUUCAUAUAUGACGACUGCGACACACAAGCCAACGAAAUUGCGGAGUUAUAUAGUUACACUGAACAUCCCGAGUUUCAGCUCAAUGUGAAAGCUUUUGAAGACAUCAUGGAAGAGUUCAAUUAUCCACCUAGUUGGCAAAGGCUUACUAAUAAACAACAACGAACUGUUAUAAUGAAAUUAUUGGAGCAUCUCGACGUCGCUGUAAGUGAAAUACGAAUGCGUGCUACACGCUGCAUCUUUUACCUCGCCCAAGGUUGCUGGGCUGAAAUGCAGUCCGACGCUGAGCAAGCACAUUGGGCACGUAUCAACAUAAUGACAUUAUAUGACAUGGGCACAUUUGCUGCUUUUGUUGAAUUGCUUAAUCUUGAAAUUGUUCGUAGUAGUACUGCUACAGCUUCAAGGAAAUUAGCAGAAUCUCUAGCAGACUCAACAAAUUUACGAGUCAUAUUGUCAGUUUUAUAUUUGAUAACUGAAUAUAUGAGAACUGAAAAAGAUAAUCCUGAUUCUGAAUAUAUUCAUUUAGUAAGAAAUUUCAAAGAGGAACUUGGCACACCUUUUGGUGAAGAACUACUGCCUGUGAAACUUCUUGGGAUGGUAACACAUCUUUGUGCUGGAACUACACCACAUUUUCCAAUGAAAAAGGUAUUACUUCUAUUAUGGAAAGUACUGCUUGUGUACUUAGGUGGUUCUAAGGAACUCAAAGAAAGGAAAGCAAAACUGAGGGAAAAACAUGGAUUACCACCUUUGACUGAGGAUACAAUUGAAAUUAUAAAAGGAAUGAGAGCCAGCUCCCCACCUCCAAGUGCUGCUGAUAUGCUAGAAAAUCAAAAUCCAGGACAAAGAAAAUUGAAAGAAAAUGAAAGAGCUCUUCGUAGACAGACUUUUAUGAAACAAACUUCUCUUGAUGAAUCUGAUGAACAAAUUUUUGUUGAUAAGGAAGAAACUGGUAAUGGAUCAGAAGAUUAUUCUAUGGAAUUCCAAUCAAUGCCAUCAGAAAGUGGAAGAAGUGACAAUAAUCAACAUUGCCCAUAUUACAUGUAUUUCAAACAGUUUGAUAGCCCACCGCCUCCACCUCCUUUACCAAGAAGUUUACCAUGGCAGUCUAAAGUUAGACAAAGAGAUAUUGAUAUGUUUCUUGAUAAUGUCAGAAUUAAAUUUGUGGGAUAUUCCCUUCCUGGAGAUAGACAAACAAUUGCAGGUCUCCCACAACCAAUACAUGAAGGCAUUGAUAUUCUAAGGAAGCACAUGUAUACAAGUUUGUCUGAACUUCAAUCAGAAAGAGAAAUUGAAAUAGCUCGAAGUCCUCUUACUAAAGGAGAAAAAGAAGUGGAAGAAACAGAAGCUGAGAUUUUAUAUAGAGCUAUGCUUCCCAAUUUGCCCCAAUAUAUGAUAGCCCUACUAAAAAUACUCCUAGCUGCUGCUCCUACAUCUACAGCAAAGACAUAUUCUAUAAACAUAAUGGCUGAUUUGUUGCCUGAGGAAAUGCCUAUGACAGUGUUACAGUCACUGAAACUGGGUAUUGAUGUAAAUCGACACAAAGAGAUUAUUGUUAAAGCUGUCACUGCCAUAUUGAUGCUGCUUUUGAAACACUUCAAGCUGAAUCAUGUAUAUCAAUUUGAAUUUAUGUCUCAACAUUUGGUAUAUGCUAAUUGUAUGCCACUGGUAUUGAAGUUUUUUAAUCAAAACAUUCUGUCAUAUGUUGGAGCUAAGAACACAAUACCAAUAUUUGAUUUCCCUGCUUGUGUUAUUGGAGAACAACCUGAGUUAACCAAGGAAUGUUUGGAUAUUGGAGAUUCAUCAGUUCCAUAUUCAUGGAGGAAUGUUUUCUCAUGCAUAAACUUGUUGAGAAUUCUUAAUAAAUUAACUAAAUGGAAGAAUGCAAGAAUAAUGAUGCUUGUGGUGUUCAAAAGUGCACCUAUAUUAAAACGUACCCUAAAAGUGAGACAUGCAUUAAUGCAAUUUUACGUUUUGAAGUUAUUGAAAAUGCAAACCAAAUAUCUGGGUCGACAGUGGCGCAAGUCAAACAUGAAAACAAUGAGUGCCAUCUACUCCAAAGUGCGACACAGAUUGAAUGAUGACUGGGCAUUUGGGAAUGAUGUGGAUGCAAGACCUUGGGAUUUCCAAGAUGAAGAAUGUGCUCUUAGAGUUUGUGUUGAUCGUUUCAACCACAGAAGGUAUGGAGCUGGAGGUGAUCAAGAAAUAGAUCUGACACCACUUGAAACAGAUAUAAAUAGUGUACUUGAAAGCAAUGUUGAACUUGAUGAAGAGUUUAAGGAAAAUUAUGAGUUAUGGCUGGAGAAAGAAGUAUAUAAUAAUGAGAUUAAUUGGGAUGUAUUAUUGACAACUUGAAAUGUAUAAAUCAUGUAAACAUUUUAUGAUUUUAAUAUAAUAUUGUAGAUUUGUAAUGCAAUAAUGUUUUUUUAAAUUGUUUCUCAACAUUAUCCAGAUUUGGUAGUUGGCUGUAUAAGGUUUUGAUGUUAAUAAAAUCUUAAGUAAAUUAUUUAUACACUCCUUAACUGCAGUAACUUUUUUAGAACUGUAUUGUUUCAUUGUAUAUAUGCAUGUUUUUUAAUUAGUUAUUACUACACUUAGUAUUUUUAUGCUAAAUUAUUAAAAAUUAAAAGUGUGUUUAAAUUGUGACAUAGAAACUUAAUACUAAAGUUAGUACCUAAUAAUGAAAUGGAAAUAUGAAUAAUCGUGUUUUUAUUUGUAUGUUGAACUGUAACAAUUCUCAAUUGGAGUAUAUCUUAAACAUGUCUAGAAUGAAAUGAAAGAUUUAUCGUUUCAUGUUCUCCUAUAUUAUUAUUUUAAAUAAAUCUAUUAAUAAAGGUAUGAAAUGAAAAUUAAUCGUAUUUUGUAUUAGUGUGGUGUAUUAAAAUAACCACUUUAUUCAAAUAUAAUAUUAUUUUUUAAUAGAUAUAAUACUUUUCAUAUAAAAUCAUCAUCAAAAUAGGCUUAUCAAAAAUGUUAGAAUAUAUGAAAUGUAUCAUCA